AUGUCGGUUCAUCCAGUCCUAGGAGGUGAAAGUCGUGUUGGCUCGCCUGUGGAUGAAAAUGGAAAAUCGAGAUCUCAGCAACCUGUUCCACCAAAUUCUGCAAAACAAGAUCGAUUUGCAGAUCUUAAGCGACGCUCAGCGUACGCAUUCAGUGUUUUCGCCAAUGAAGAACGGGAGAAGCUGUUGAAAACACAUCCUGAUCUACCUAUGGGGGUUGUAACCCGAAUGAUGGUUGAGAAAUGGAAAGGUCUCAACACAGAGGCGAAGAUGCCAUAUUUCGAUGCUUCACGAAUAUCAGCUCUGAAAACUACUACUGCGAAGCCGAAUGUUGACGAAAUAAAACUGCCGGUUCCUGCAAAAAGGCUACGCCCUAUUAUCCCAUAUACAAAGAUUUCUUUGCCUAUAAACGAUCAGCCCUUGCGGGUGGAAACUGUUACGGAACAGCAGCCAGGAAAAGUUAUUUUCGUACAAGGACGAGUCAAUCCAGUGGCUGAACGUCCUAGAAUCCAACACUCCUCUUCAAUUUCCGCUUCGAUAGCUCAUGCUCUUGGAAUGCCCAUGAGUUCGCAACCACAACGAACGUCGUCGGCUCCAGUCAUAGCUCGUGUAAGCCCCCCUCCAAUCAGAACCACUGCUGUACGUGCUCGACAAGCGGCAAGCGUGGUUUCUUCGCAACAAAUAACGGCAGCGCCAAUGUCCGUUCCUGUAGUACCUGCCGAAGCAGAAGUACAACCUUCUACUACAAAUAAUGGAUUCGCAACUUCUCAGCAAGCUCUGGAAAUGUUCUACCUUGCUCUCUGUGAGCCUGCGUUCCCUCAUCCAAAUGAGCCGCCAUUGACUCCAUAUCCAGCGAACUAUUGUUAUGACGAGUAUUUGAGGAUGACAUCCGGUCAGGGUCCACUGUAA